AUGUUUUUCAGAAGGUUGACUCCUCGGGAGAGAACGCUGGGCGCCAUUGGGGGAGUUAUCGUGGGUGGAUCAGUCUUCAAAGUUGCUUAUUUCAAAUAUUGCAGAGACAUCCUUGUAGAUCAAGCGCAUAGGACGCAUAUGGAUGCGACCGAAAACUACCGAGAAGCCAAAGAAUUUGCAAAAUGGUCAGCAAAAGAUCGUGAGGAACGUCGCGCUUCCUUGCCACCGCUUACAAAGGAGCAAGAGCAGCAAAUGAGGUCAUAUCUUCGUAUGAUGCAAGAACACCAUGCUUUCAACCCUGACUCCGAAAAGGACUCCUAG